UGUGCGCUUCCAUCGGCCGUCUCUCUCUCUCUCUCUCUCUCUCUCUCUCUCUUUUCUCUCCAAUUCUUUUGCUUGAAAUUGUACCCACAUGGCUCCUAACAAAUAGGGUUUCCCUGCCUUGUCUACAACUAGGAAACUACUUUACAACCAGCUUCUUCUCUUAAUUUUACUCUUAUGUGAGCACUUCUCUUUUUUCUUUUUCUCUUUCGUUGAAGUUUCUGGUUAUCAUCAUCAGAAUCUUCUUCUUCUUCUUCUUCUUCUUCUUCUGUUUAGUCUCUGAUGAUCUUUCUCUACUGGGUUUAUCUUUUUUAACCCUUUGCUCCAUCAGGGUUUUUGAGUUUUUUUGCUUCCAUCUCAGUUCAUCUUUGUUUCUAGCUAUGGGGUUUUGGCCCUUUUUGUAUUUGCCAUGGCUUUUUAUUCUGAGAAAUUUUUGGCUUAUAUUUGUAUAGAAAAUCCAAGUUUAUUGUUUUAGAAAGAGUGAACUUUGACCAGGGACAACUCUUUUUUCAUGUUUGUUUUAUAUUAUUAAUCAAACUUAUAUAUAUAUAUAUAUAUGUUUUUUUUUUAUCCUCGUAGCUUAGGUAAAAGAUUGCAGGUGUUGGGAUUUGAAUCUUAUUAGAUCGUCCGACGAAUACAUAAAUCAACUGCUCUAAAACUCGGAUUCUAAUCAAGCUUGAUUUUAUUUAAGGUUUCCCUGUGACCGUUGUGACUUUGGGUCCAAAGGAAAGGAGAUCUCAACAAGUCACGGAAAUAGUUGAAUAAUUGAAAUAUAGUUAGUUGCAAGGGGGGACGACACUGCUGGGAUCACUUUGAGAGGGUAUGGCCAUGCAAACUCUGUAUCUUAAAGAACAUGAUGGGAUUGUACAUAAUCCCCUGGGGCAGUUGGAUUCAGUACCAUCACUGCCUUGGUGGAGUGGCUUAGGAUCUCAAUCCGUUUAUGGGGAGUCUUGUGGCCAAUUGAAGCCUUUGUUGAUGGAACAUCCCUCCGGUGGAGACCAAGUCACUUCCACUAAACAAGCUGACAGGGGUACUGAACAAGAACUGAAUAAAGGAAAUCCUGCUCGGUUCACUAUAUUCCCUGGUGAUUGCAAAAAUUCAGGGGAUGGACAUAAACCUCAUGCAGUCAUCUCUCUGCAAUCUGCUCCUUCAGAACAUCGUGCUCGCUUUGAACUAGGAUUUGGUCAACCCACGGUCUGUGCAAAAUAUCCUUACAUGGAUCAAUGCUAUGGAGUUUUCUCGACAUAUGGACCUCAAAUUUCGGGUCGUGUAAUGCUUCCAUUGAACUUGGCAACAGAGGACGGACCAAUAUAUGUAAAUGCCAAGCAGUACAAUGGAAUCAUAAGGCGUCGGCAAUCCCGUGCAAAGGCUGUACUUGAGAAUAAAAUCACUAAAGCUCGGAAGAAACAUUUAGGUUCUGCUUUUGUUCCACAGCCAUAUAUGCACUAUUCUCGCCAUCUGCAUGCAAUGCGCCGGCCAAGGGGAUGUGGUGGGCGUUUCUUGAAUACAAAGGUUUCAAACAGUGACAAAGAUGGAAUUGGAAUGAAGAAAGCUGCUCAAGGACUACUUUCUCACCCUACAGGUUCACCAAAUUCUGAAGGUCUGCAAUCUGACAGCGGAACCUUGAACUCAUCCAAGGAAGCCAAUGCAGGAGGCUCAACUCUUUCAGGGUCAGAGGUCACCAGCAUGUAUUCCAGGGUAGAUCUUGAGCACUUCCCAAUCAAUCAGCUUGGACUCUCUGUCCACUCUCUCCCACGGAUGAUGGACAAUGGGCGUGGCACUGUUAUGCCCAACAAGUGGGUUGCAACAGCAGAUAACUGUUGCAACCUGAAAGUUUGAUACCAAGGGGAUUAGUGGGAUUGGUGCUAAGUUGUUGCACCUACCCACUUUCCCUUAAGCAACCAAGGUUUGCAACAAGUUUUGGUUGCUAGGCAAAUCAUUCUUGGCUCAUCUCAAUUUAAGUUUGGUUAUGUGUUUGUAUUCCUAAAAUACGUAGAAUUGUGUUGUUCUUAAACCGUGUUAUCUACAUGUUUGUUAUGCCUGGAAAUAAUGUAUUGUAGAAUAUUAUGCUUGUGUUUUAAUUUGUAUUUUCCUGUUUUAUUAUCCAAUUCCUGAUCUGCUGCGGCAGCUAGGGCUAUGUGUUUUUUUCUAUUUUACAGAUGUGUAAACACGUUUGCGAAUAACUGACUCUUUUCCCGAAACCUUGGCGUAGUGGUCACG